AUGAAGACUUUUUUGACCCUGGGACUAUUAGCUGUGGUGUCUGCCAGCCCUACUUCCACCGGCAACAAGGAUGUUAAUGCACAAGGAUAUAAAGAUCAAUAUUGCACAGAUCCUCGAACGAUGAGAAAACAUGCAGCAUACACGGAGUGGGCCGAUGCGUAUUCCUGCACCAGACACAGAUGCCAGCCUGGUGGUAGAAACCUAGCGAUAUAUACUGUGGGUUGCAAGAGAGUGGAGGCGCCAGAAUCUGCCAUUGAAUGUGAAGAAGUAGUAGAAGAUACCAAUAUGCAGUUCCCGUUCUGCUGCACUAGACUUAGAUGUUUAGUUGUAGUUCGUGGUGAGGUAUGGACUAGAGUGCUGGGCCAGCCGUGGGAGGUGCUGCCAGCUGCACCCUGGAGCCACAUGUAUAAGAUGAAGAAGCCACCGCCUUCAGACACCACCUUCCAACCUAAGAUUGCAGAACAAGGUCCAGUGUAUGAGCUGUCAGAAACUGAGUCUGAUACCAGCAAUGCUGAAAAGCUGCCACGAUCUGCGAGAAAACAGGCACCCACAGAUAGUCCAGAUUGCAACGAAGUGGUUCCAAGGUCUUCAGCAGCAGCUGCACCAGCUCCUGACAUCGUGAUUGCACUUUCAACAAACAGCGAGAAAGAUUCCCACUCCAAAAGGCCACGGGACGAGAUGAACACCAGACGACAAAGUAAUGCAGAGAAAUCAGGAAUCGUUUGGCAAGAUCAAGCUCACGACAGUGAAUCUGAUACUGAACACAAAAGAAUUCGUAAAACAACGGAGUCUUCGGUGCAUAACUUCGAAAAAGAGGAAGAGAGGGAACACCGAGAGGGAGAUGUACCGGAGGUAGAAGAUAAUGCUGUACCAACAGAGAAGACUCAGAAUCCAGAAGCAUCUGAAGAAAAAUUCUAUGGAAACAGUUUUGUCCAGAAAGACCAACCUCAAAAACCUUCUAAGGAAACCCACCACCGUGAUACUGGUUUGACGGAUAUCCCCCAGAACCAGUGGAGCGAGCAUGAGGGCAUGGAUGUGGAACCCAGAGCACACGUAAUGGAGUUACGUUAUACACAGGAGCCAGCCACUAGACGUGACUUACAGCCAGCAAGAGAACCAGAGCCAGAGAAAGAGAGAAAAGAGGAGAAGCAUGAGAAAUCUAGUAACUUACAGGCUUUAGUAGAUGCUAUCGGCUCUAGAAUGAAAGAUAUAGAGAACGUGGUCCAAAAAAUGAGUGAAAAGGUUCAUCAGACCAAGAGCCCGCUAGGAGCAAUCAGCUCGGAAAAGAGGCAUCCAUUAGUGGAAACAGAUUUCAGUAAACGCCAUAGAGUGGAUCUGGAUAAAGUGGUGAAGCCGAAACACGAACAAGAACAUGACAGCGCAAAGGCUGGAGAGGAUCAUUACAAGCCACGCUUCGCUAUCAAAGGACACGGAAGCAAAUAUCUGCAAAGCUCGACAGAGCCCACACAAGAACAGCCGUUAUUUAUAGAAGAUAAUGGGAACUACUUCAGCGAUGCUAGCAAUAUUAUGAGAAGGUCCAACAAUGUACCCAAGGAGCCAGCCCAAAGCGCCCUAACCUACAUGGCGCCAGUAGAGACUCACCACAAGAGUCCAGUUCAUAUAGCAAUGGUGUCAGACAACUCAGAAGACCAAGAGCGGAAGAAGAAGAAACACAACCACAAGAAAAAGCGGAGCAAGUCACAUACACAUAAGAAACAUCAACACACGGAGAAAAGGAAGCAUUUUAAUAAGCUAGCGUCCGCUGAAAAUGACAAAAACACAAUGUCAGCAGAAGACAGUAGCGGUUUGUUAGCUAAAUAG